CCGGUCGGCGGAGAGUGGGAACGAGCGUAGUAUGGAGAAUACCGAUUCGCUCAUACGGAAUUACUUCUUACAGGUGGCCAAAGAAAGGAGGGAAAGAGUUGAACGUGAAAGAGAGAUCGAGAGAAGCAGGCUAGAAGAGGAAGCAGAACGAGCCAAGGAGUUAAAGAGAGCGCUAAGAGAAGAACAGAGGCUUCAACGGGAAGAGGAACGAGAUGCCCGCCUGAUGCGGAUCAUUCGUGGUGAGAUGAGAAAGGAGCGUGAGGAAGAAAUUGAGCGGUAUGAACUCAGAGGAGGGAGAUCAAGUAAGACAACGGGUCGUGCUGAUGCAAACAACGAGGAGAAAGAACGCCUUCGAAGAAUGAUUGCAUUGAAAACAUUGGGAAUGGAGGAAACUGAGGACGAGGAGCUGCUGGCGCUUCGAAGGCAAGCAGCGAAACUGGAUCGUCUGGAAAAAAGGAAGCGGGGUCCGGACAUAGCAGUGGGGGAUAGUCCACCGAUGACUACCCCGGAGAAAAGAUCGAACACGGAGUUAUCGGAGGAGGCUAAGGCGAGGAUUGAAUCGAUUAAGGGAGAACAAGCGAAGGAGGUCGCAACAUCAAGCACACCAUCGAAGAUAUACUUGUCAUUGAAACACAUCAUGGCAUCCUGCGGACCAGGAGGGCGAGAGAAAUUCGAGAAAGAAUAUCAAGACUUCUACGACGCGCUAACCAUUGAAGAACUAAAGGAAGCGUGCCGCCACGAGAAGGUGGCAUAUGGUAAGUGGGAGUUGGCAAUUAAGCGACUGAUCACUCGUCGUUCGGUGGUGGCAUAUGAUCCCUCGAACAUUCCACUACCUGUGACGCCACGCACUACGACAAGGACGAAUAAGGGCGUGGCUAUUAAGGAGGAAGCCAGACCCGUGAGUUCAGAGUCGGACCAAUCAUUCUCGGAUGAUGACUCAGAGUGAGGUGCUUGUCGUCGCGACGACUUCCUGGAUAGA